AUGGCUGUCCCGACCAAGUUCAGUUUUUCAGUGAGGAGCAUCCUGGAUUUACCGGAGCAGGAUGCGGAGGCAGCAACGCGGUCCUCCCCGGUUUACUCCUCCUGCUCCUCCAGCUCACCCUACACCUCCUGGAUGGACUGCGACCGGAGCUCUUGCAUAUCUUCCGACGAAGGCAGCCUUGAGGCCUCCCCGGACUCCACCAAGCCGGAUGACUCAUCCUUGGACUCUGAGCCUGAGAAGAGCAAGAAGAGCAAGAAGAGGAGAGUUUUGUUCUCUAAGGCCCAGACUCUGGAGCUGGAGAGGCGCUUCCGCCAGCAGCGCUACCUGUCCGGCCCGGAGAGAGAGCAGCUGGCCCGGGUCCUCAGCCUGACCUCGACCCAGGUGAAGAUCUGGUUCCAAAACCACCGCUACAAGAUGAAGAGGGGUCGGGCUGAAGGAGCUCUGCAGGACAUGGAGAUAUCUCAUCCUCCGUUGCUGCGCAGAGUCGUUGUUCCGAUCCUGGUCCGGGAUGGGAAACCUUUUCACACCUGCAUACUUGAAGCAGAGAAACCCGGCUGUUUACCACCUCUUCAAGCAGUACCCUUCCCGUUGGCCUACCCGUCUCUCCAGCAUCCCUCCCCCGUCGCUCUUCCUCCCAGAUACCAGCACUUUCCAGCCGCAGCGGCCUCCAGAUUGGCCUGGAGAGACUUUUGGAGCGACUCGGUCCAGUUUAAUUCUUUCAAGUGA